AAAACGUCGAAGCACCAAGGUGUGAUCGUGUAAUCGUAUGAACGAUUGUAUACAAAUAAUAAACAAUUUAAAAAAAAACACAAAGUGAAAAUAAUUAAACAAAAAUAAAAAGAACUUAAUUGGGCUACUGUAUGUGCAAUAAAAAAUUAUAGAAACAACAAUAACAAAACAAAAACAAAAUAAUGUUAAAAAUACACAAUAUUAUAAACAAAAACAAACAACUAUAGCUUUUUAAACCCCUUAAAUAAUUAAAAUAAAUUAAUGAUAAAAAAAAAUUAAAAUAUUUGCCCUACAAAAACAACAACAAUAAAAACAGCACAAAAAUUACUACAUUCACACAGUAGCAACAUUCACACAUGCAACUGCACUACAUAUUCAGCACACCACACGCAACAUGUCAAAGUAUCAUAUUCUAAACAACAGCGAUUUCCUCAAUCAUGAUGAUGAUGAUUCAACAGCCACAUCUACCAGCACUAUUACUGCGGCUCCACUUACAGACGAUGAGGAAAACUUUGGCCUCUUCGGCCGAAGCCAUCAUCAUCGUCCAAAUGAUCAAUUAAAACAAAAGAAUUCAGUGCACCAAAACAAACAACAUCAAUAUCUGAAUAAUUAUUAUGACAACGAUCAUGAUGAUCAUGAUGAUAAUCGUUACAGUCACGAUCACAGGGAAUUAUUAAUCAGUGAUAAUCACGUUGAAGAUCUCAUUCAAUACACUAACAACAACAAUACAAUUGACAAUAAUAAUCAAAGUAUUUACAACAACAGCAGCAACACAACAACUGCUGCCGGUAAACAUCAAUUCACAAACACUAACAAUUUAAUGACACCUUUGGAUUCCGCUGCUGCCGAUGAUGACUAUACGAUGGAUGUUCCGCUGUUACAACAAAAUUAUAAUAAUAAUAAUACUAAUAACAAUAACAACAACAAUGGGGACAGAAGAAACAACUACAACAAAAAACAGCAGCAGGAAUACGACUUUGAAUGUGUUUGCCUGUGCCAACAAAAAGGAUUUGCAUCCAACCUCAACUCCAAUUCAACAAAGAGUGCUAAAUCAAAAAUCCUUUGGGCGAUUGCUUUGUGCUGCAUAUUUAUGGUUGUUGAAUUCCUGGGUGGUUAUUUAGCCGGAAGCUUAGCCAUUAUGACGGAUGCCGCACAUUUAGCAUCAGAUUGUAUUAGUUUCGUUAUUGGUCUAGUAGCCAUUUGGUUGGGCAACAAACCACCGGAUGGAAAAAUGUCAUUUGGAUAUAAACGAUUUGAGGUCAUGGGUGCAAUUGUAUCGAUUUUGGGCAUUUGGAUACUGACCGCAACUUUGGUUUUAGUGGCAAUACAACGCAUUUAUUCGAAUGACUAUGAUUUGGAUGCAAAUACUAUGAUGACCAUUUCUGGUAUUGGAAUUUUAAUUAAUAUCAUUAUGAUUUUCAUUUUACACACUUCAGUGCUUGACCUACCAGCAGGUAGUAUUGGUUCCUCUCAUGGUCAUAGUCACAAUCAUAAUGACCAUCAUGGUCACAGCCAUAGUCACUCACACUCCCCCACUUUACGCCAAAGACACAGUAAUGAUAGCGGGCACUUGCACACAGAGUUUGCAACGAGGUCACUACUUCCUACUGACAGCGAUGCCGAUGCUGCUGCUACUGAUGCUAUUGACACUGGCGGGGCAACAUCAAUAGAGCUGUCGUCUGCACCAAUGGUGCUCAACGGAAAUUUGUUGAAACACCAACAAGAUGGAAAUGAGAAAAAUUUAAAUCUCCGUGCAGCCAUGAUACAUGUAAUUGGUGACUUAGUACAAAGUUUUGGUGUAUUUUUUGCAUCAGUAUUAAUUAAAAUAUUUCCAAAAGCAGUUUUUCUUGAUCCAUUGUGCACUUUGCUAUUUUCCAUAAUUGUAGUAAUGACAACAAUUAAUUUAUUCAAAGAAUCAAUACAUUUAAUAAUGGAUUCAGUACCUCAGGACUUAUCAAUAGAUGAUCUGGAAAUGGACUUAUUAAACAUAGAAGGAGUCAAAUCAGUUCAUCAUUUAAAUGUUUGGAAUCACACUUCAAAUUACAGCAUUUUAAUGGUUCACUUAGUCAUUGAUAUUCUCACCGAUAGCAAUACGGUCCUAAUGAAUGCCACACAAUUAGCUGGAAGUGCAAAAUACAACAUUAAACACAGCACCAUACAGAUUGAACGAGUGACCUCAUAAAUUAUCUACACUCAUUCACUCACAUGUUCAUUUCAAUUCAAAAAUUUUCAAUAAUUUUUCUUAAUGUUUUAUUGUUGGAAAACUAAAUGCCAAAGUAUACCAAAUACUUAUUGUUCCUAAAAUACAUAUAUAGAUUUAUAAGUUAUUUAUACGUAUGUACGUUUAUUUAAACAAAUUUAAAUAUAUAAAUGCAUAUAUGCAUCUAUUUAAAACUAUGUACAUAUUUAUAUAAAUAAGUACAUAGUACGAGUAUAUGUACAGAUUGUGCACUGAAAAUAUUUACAUUAGGGUGGUUCAUUAAAAAAUACUACAAGUCAACGCUAAACUAUUACAUGUACAUGAAUAUAAUAAUGAAUACCUAAGUAGCGCAGCAUCGUGUUGCAAUUAUAGUAAGUAGAUAAAUAAAAAUUUACCCAGAUAUUACAGAUGAUUUCCGCUGCCAUAAUUUAAAACUUAAUAUGAACCACUCUAAUGUACAUGUAAAAAUUUGGAAUAAAUUUUUGAAAUUAUUUACUAUUUAUUGAAUAAUAUUGUAUGUAAGUUUGUACAACAAUGUAAAAUAAGUUGAAUAACAACCAUAUUUAUUCAUGUUGAUUUAUGAUGUCAAAUAUACAAAUUUAUUUUAUAAAUCAUCUAAAUAUUUAG